AUGAAGCACCCCUGGCGCCCGAACGUGAGCGUCACACUCCAUGUCGAUGGGCAAGAUCUGAAGGAGUAUGAAAACGAGGAGGAAUCCGCCGAGGAAGUAGAUGGUUGCACAGAGGUCGUGAGAUAUGUGGAGAGUGUGGUGGACGCCAACUUCUCCGUGGAAAUGCAGGUUGCGGCCUCGCGGGUUCGGUGUGACUACGAGCUCACGGUCUAUCUCGAUGGGAAAUGGGUGGCUGGAUCCCUCUAUCAGGACUCGAAGACGGAGAACCCGGGGAAGAUGGGCAAUAACGCUACGCGAAAUUUGCCUUUGCCCCGCUCUACACCAGUGACGGAUGGCUCGGCCAAUGCAAGCCUCAUCCGCCAGUUGGCGAAUGUGGGCAAAGUUCAGGCAGUGCUGAGAAGGUGUCUGCAAUCUGGCCCCCAGUCGGCCACAGCGCAUCGCAACUUUGAGCCCGCCCUCGGAUCAAACGUCCCCGAAAAGGCACUGAAAGGGCGUGCUGUCUCCAGUCGCAUUACACUGAACAACCAUGUGCCAUGUGCCGCGCCCCUCUAUGUAAACGUAACGUAUCCAUGGGGUGAAGUGCCCGUGGGGGUCUACACGUUCAAGUAUCGUUCCCGCCGUGAUCUCCAGAUCGAAGGCCUCAUCCCACGAGACAUCCCGCUCAUGGAGCGCGACCCGAACACGCUCACCCUCGCCGAAGCUCGAGAGCGAAUUCGCCUCCAAGAAGCCCAGCUCCAAGAAGCCGUCAAAAUCAAGAAGGAGAAGCGAGCCCACUCCGUCAUGAUCGCAGAUGGGGACGACGAGAACGAUGACAACGAGACUAUGACAGCGGCAGAGCGCCGGGCUGGCAAGCGGAGCCGUCAUGGCCAUGGCUCCGGUGUCGAGGUUGUGGAUCUCACCGAAGACUGA